CGCCUUGGUCCUUUCCUUCUUCCGGCUCCGCGGUGGAACCAGGACUGCGUCGCGUCUUACGAGAGCUGAAGGUACUCAGGCAGGACGAGGGAAGUGCCGGAUGUGAAGAGCGAGAGCGUGGAGUCUCCGAGCCCGAGUGAAAUUUCAUUUCAGGUUGAGAACAAAAGAUGUCCCGGAGACCUCUGGGUUUCUAAGCUUUGCGUGGACUUCGCAGCCCUUUGGCGCUAAACCUCACUUGCUCAAGGAGAUAUCAGUCCUCUUCUCCUCACUGGACAUUUGGUAACUGCCAGAACAUUUUGAGACUGUCAGCAUCCAACCUUGUCUUUAAAGCCACAAAAAGCUGCACACUAAGCUGAUUUGACACCUGACGCAUCCAGUCUCCACGAUGCUGGGUCCUGAGGGAGGUGAAGGAUUUGUGGUCAAGCUCCGCGGCUUGCCGUGGUCUUGCUCUAUUGAGGAUGUGCAGAAUUUCCUCUCUGAAUGCAAAAUUCAUGAUGGCGUUGCAGGUGUUCAUUUCAUCUACACCAGAGAAGGCAGACAGAGUGGUGAGGCUUUUGUUGAACUUGAAUCAGAAGAAGAUGUAAAAAUGGCCCUGAAGAAAGACAGAGAAAGCAUGGGGCAUCGCUAUAUUGAGGUAUUUAAGUCCCACAGAACCGAAAUGGAUUGGGUGUUGAAGCACAGCGGUCCAAACAGUGCCGACACUGCCAAUGAUGGCUUUGUGCGCCUUCGAGGACUCCCGUUUGGAUGCACAAAGGAAGAAAUUGUUCAGUUCUUCUCAGGGUUGGAAAUCAUGCCGAAUGGGAUCACUUUGCCGGUGGACCCUGAGGGCAAGAUUACAGGGGAAGCCUUCGUGCAGUUUGCCUCCCAGGAAUUAGCUGAGAAGGCUCUAGGGAAGCACAAGGAAAGAAUAGGGCAUAGGUAUAUUGAAGUGUUCAAGAGCAGCCAGGAGGAAGUGAGAUCAUACUCUGAUCCCCCUCUGAAGUUCAUGUCUGUGCAGCGGCCAGGGCCCUAUGAUCGACCCGGCACUGCCCGGAGAUACAUUGGCAUUGUCAAACAAGCAGGCUUUGACAGGAUGAGGUCUGGGGCCUAUAGCACAGGCUAUGGGGGCUAUGAAGAGUACAGUGGCCUCAGCGACAGCUAUGGCUUUACCACCGAUCUGUUUGGAAGAGAUCUCAGUUAUUGCCUGUCAGGAAUGUAUGACCACAGAUACGGAGACAGUGAGUUCGCUGUCCAGAGCACAACCGGACACUGUGUCCACAUGAGGGGGCUACCGUACAAAGCAACCGAGAAUGACAUCUAUAACUUCUUCUCUCCACUCAACCCCGUGAGAGUGCAUAUUGAGAUUGGCCCUGAUGGAAGAGUGACCGGCGAAGCAGAUGUCGAGUUUGCCACUCACGAAGAAGCUGUGGCCGCUAUGUCAAAAGACAGAGCCAACAUGCAGCACAGAUACAUAGAGCUCUUCUUGAAUUCAACCACAGGGGCCAGCAAUGGGGCUUACAGUAGCCAAAUGAUGCAGGGCAUGGGGGUGUCGACCCAGUCCACGUACACUGGCCUUGAGAGCCAGUCAGUGAGCGGCUGUUACGGGGCUGGCUAUAGCGGUCAGCAGAACAGCAUGGGUGGGUACGACUAGUCUCGUAGAAGCAUUUGAGUUCUUGCAAUCACAUUUUCACAGGCAGCCAACAAGCAGUGGAGAGCAGUUAUUACAUAGAGAAAGCUGUGGGACCCAUUUUGCACCAUGAGUUUGUGAAAUCUGGAUUAAAAAAAAUUACCUCUUCAGUGUUUUCUCAUGCAAAGUUUCUUCUAGCAUGUGAUAAAAAUAUUGAGUAAACUAUAAGAAACUAUUUUCAGCUUUUCUCAGUUAACAUUUUGGUAGUGUACUUCAGAGAGAUGUCUGAGUUCCAGGAGUUUAAGUGUGUUAAAUGUGGGUCUUCUGCACCACAUCACAGCAGACACGUUCGGGAGACACACUUUUGUGGAAAACUCAGAGGUGCUAGGUCCUUAAUCCAAAGAGAAACAUUUCUCAUGUUUGUUCAAUUCUAGUUUGUUUUCAUUUAAAAUCCUUUAGGUUAAGUUUUAAGCUUUUAAAAAGUUAAUUUUGAAAAUUGAGACACAAUACUAAUACUGUAGGAAUUGGUGAGGCCUUGACUUAAACCUUUCUUUGUACUGUGAUUUCCUUUUGGGUGUAUUUUGCUAAGUGAAACUUGUUAACUAAAUUUUUUUCUUAAAAUAAAGACUUUUUCACAAUGACUGGCACAGACUGUCUGCUCACCAAAAGGCAGCAAAAUGACUGGGCGGCUCGAGAUGAUUCAUCUUCAUACUCCUGUAUUUUAGUGUGAAUUAGAUAAUUUAGCACAGCUAAUCUGUUUUUCUUUAUAUUUUCAGAAUGAGGCUAAAAUAAAAGUUAAAUAAAAACAUUAAAUGUGACUGGAAAUGGUGAUAGAAAUACACAUACUGGACAGUAUAAAAACACACACAGUCCCAUUCUCUCUGUGACUUGUUUGCUCUAUGUUCUUCACAGACUUUUGGCAAUACCUUUAUUCCCUUUUACACUGUAGGUACAUUCAUCAUAUAUAACUAUAGUUCUAAGUGCUACAUGUGUUAUGAGGUCAUUAAUCACAGUUGUUUUUUAUAUAAAAGGUGCAGAUCUGCACGUUUUUCUCACACCUACAAUUUUAUAGGACACAAAUUGCUUCUAAAAAGUUGCCGUCUACCUUGCCGUGGAAAGCAAUGUCUAAAUUCCAGGCAGCUCUGCACACAGCAUAUAACCUUUUUUAAAAAAGAUUCUGUGCAAAAGGGAUGACUUUGUUAUAUACCUACUCCUCAUCGACCAUCUCGUCAUUUGAUGUUUUGCAUUUACUAAAAAUCUGCUUAUUUUUCACAUUGAUGACACAUGCCUGGAAGACGGACACUGAGGUGCAAGGGGAGUGAUGCUGGCAGUGAUGGUUAUGUGUCAGCUUGACUGGGCCAUGAUUCUCAGUGGUUUAGUAGUUAGGUGAUGAUGUAGUCAUCCUCUGUUUUCACAUAAUGACCUGGUCUUUGGCCCCUAACCAUGUCGAUAAGUGAGGAGUGGGUUUAUACUGUCGGCGAUUUUCUCCAACAACUUUAAUUUUUCGCUUGUCUUUAAUUAGGCAUGUAAUACAACCUAGGUACCCUAAUUUCACCAGUUUAAGAAUCUUGCCUACCUGGCAUCUCUAUUUACAGGAAAUGGCUUCCUAUUCGUUUACAGAGAAAAUGGCCUCUUAAGGUCAUGUUGAGUGAGAAGAGCAACUCAAAUACAUCCUAAGAGAACCUCUUUUGGGGUGUGUAACAUGGGUGUCGUCAUGCUCAUUUUACAAAUAGAACUAAAGCAAAUAGAGGAUUAUUAAGGGCAUACAGUUGAUAGUUGACAUUUUGCUCCAUGGUGGAAGCAGUUGACCUGCUCAUUGUCUCUCAGGGCCAGAGCAGGAGGGAGUGCCCGGCCCUGCUGCAGGAGGGCCUCAAGGACAUCUGCUGAAUUGUCAUUUUGCAGCACCCCGCACAGCUCCUGUCUGACUCCAUGACACAAGUAAUCAUAAGAAUAGCAAUGGCAACAAGACAAAACUGGGUUUGUUGUUUUAUUGCUAUUAGGUGCUUAAACAGGACACAUUAAAAAUAUAUAUAGGUAGACUAGAGUCUUACUCCAUGCUUUUCUGGCCUCCUCAGGUUCAGUUGGCCCAGCUUAACCUGCCAGUGUUCACCCUACGGUGUUCAUUCAGCCUCAGCCUCACCCAGGAAUGGCAAGAGGUAUAGAGACAAUAGAGCUAGGAAAAUGGGGUAGCAUGAGGGAGUUCUAAAGAAAUACAGGAGGCAGGGACAAUUUCUGAGUCCUAGGCCCUGUUCACAAAGUCUGCCCAACCAAUGGACCCACCUUGCUCUGAGCCCUGGGCAACACUACACCACAGGGAAACACAUGGAGCACCUGGGAGACUCUGAAACCUGCAACACUGGAUGAUAGACUUCAAAUGCAAGUCAAACCUAAGGUUUGAUACUAAAGAUACAAGGAGCAUGUCUGGGUAGCACAAAUGGGUGCUCGGCUACUAACAAAGGUGGGUGUUUCAAACCCACCCAGCAGUGGUGGAAGGAAAGCCUAGCAAUCUGCUUUCAUAAAGACUACAGUAGAGCAGUUGUACUCGAGGAGUUGCCAUGAGUAGGAAUUGAUGGCAAUGGGUUUGGGUUUUUUUUUUUUUUUCCCGUUAAGUUCCCUAUGCUGAGUGUAGGUACAGAAGGAGAAGGCCCCAGAAACCUGGGAUGGGAACAUUUGGGGAAAAUGCUAGGUGGCCUUAGAUUCCAGGAUGACCCUGAAAUGAAAUUUCAGCCAGCAGCAGUGACACUCUCCCUCUUGAGAGAAGAUCCUUUGGAGACUGCCAAGGCCUCCCCUGGGGAGAGACGCAAGGUCCACGCUCACUGCUUGCUGAACAGGAAACAGUAAACUGCCUGUGGGCUAAAAUACUGCCUGUCACCUGUUUUUUUACAGCCCACAAGAAAGGUCUUUACAGAUCAAAGUUUGUAAUCUGAUGACCUGUGGAGUCACCUGACGCAUGGCACCCCGUUUGUCACAGUAGAACUGUGCUAGGGCAAACGGAAGGCAUUUGGGAUGGCCUUCCUUUGAGCUGCCUUGGGGAUCUCUCUCCAGUUUGGGCAUUUUGACACCGAUCCUUCCUGCUGGUCUUGACUUGCUCCCCCUCACUCUCAGGUGUGGGCAGUGGUGAUCCUUGCUCUUAGGGGAGAGCCCAGCCUUCCUCCGGCCUGGUCAGCAGUCAGACACCCCAGAGGGCAGUCUCCAUGCCGGCCCCUGGCAUGCUUUCCUUGCACCUGCCUUUGCUUGUCAGGACAGCUGGUGCGGCCUUUGGCUGCCUUGGGCAGGGACCCCUCAAGUUGGGAUGGGAUGCUUCUGCUGUACAGGAGCUCUUCUAGUUCUUCUGCCCAGGUCUCUAGUUCAGCCUCAGUGCAGGGGUGAAAUACUCAAGUUUCUCAUCUGUCUACUCCCUUCUAACCUUGUUCCAGAAGGGAUCCCAAAAGCCCAGACAAAUUGCCGCAGAGUUGAUUCCGGCUCAUGGCAACCUCGUGUAUUGGUAAGUAUGCUCCACAGGAUUUUCAGUGGCUGGUUUUUCAGAAGUAGAUCACCAGGCCUUUCUUCCAAGGUGCCUCUGGGUGGACUCCAGCCUUUUGAUCAGCAGCUGAGCACUUAACCGUUUGUGCUAUCCAGGGACUCCAGUCUGAUAAUCCAAAUCCAUUGCUAUUGAGUCGAUUCUGACUCGUAACAACCCUGUAGAACGGAGCAGAACUGGGGAGCAGAAAGGUGCUAUCAACCGUCUUUAUUUUCAAAAAGCAGAGUCUUGUUCUAGUUCCAGAAUGGAGCCAGGUGGCAGCAUUAAAACCAUCUUAGUUAUCUAGUGCUGCUGUAACAGAAAUACCACAAAUGAAUGGCUUUAACAAACCAAAGUUUAUUCUCUCACAGUCUAAUAAGAUGUAAGUCCAAAUUCAGGGCGUCAGCUCCAGGGGAAGGCUUUCUCUAUUGGCUCUGAAGGAAGGUCCUUGUCAUCAAUCUUUCCCUGAUUGAGGAGCAUCUCAGCACCGGAACCAUGGGUCCACAGGAUACCCUAUUCUCCUGGCUCUUGUUUCUGGGUGGUAUGAGGUCCGCAUGUCUCUCUGGUCACUUCUCAUAUCUCAAAAGAGAAUGGCUCAAGACACAACUAAUCUUGUAGUUUGAGUCCUGCCUCAUUAACAUAACUGCCACUAAUGCCAUCUCAUCAGUAUUACAGAGACAGGAUUUACAACACACAGAAAAUCAUGUCAGGUGACAAAAAUGGUAGGUAAUCCCACAAUAGUGGGCAUCAUGGCCCAGCCAAGUUGACAGAUAUUUUUGGGUGUGGGGGGGGACACAAUUCAAUCCAUGACACCAUCCUAUGCAAUAAACUUAUCAGUCCUUCCCCUAUGGGACCAAGGGAAAGGGAAUGACCCAGGACUGUGGAGGGCAGCUGGAUAUAUGGUCUGAGCUGAUAACAGGUACCUGGGGAGCCCGUACCAACCUGACCCAAGUGAUGAAUGGAGGUGUGGACCAAGUUCAUCUCACAGUGGGUCAAGGGGGUUGACAGGCCUCCCCUCAGGUCAUUUCUCCAAGUGAAUAAUUGGGAUGGAUAUUCUCAGCAGCUGAGCGCCCUCACACUGGAUCUCAACUUGUGAAGUAAGAGCCUUAAUGAAACGACACUCCCCAUAAGUCAGUCAGAAGCGGUGCUGCAACUUGUGGGUAAUGUCUGAGGUCAGGGCCGCCACUCAGUGACUUAAGAGCAGCAUCCUAUACCCUUUUAACUUAUUGUCGGGCUCCAACAAAAACCAGAGGGAUCAUGGCAGAUGAGAGUGGAGCACCAGACACUUGACCAAGUAGUAGCCCCAAUCACAGAGCAGUAUCUAAUGGGCUGUCCUCACUAGAGCUGAGGAGCCCGGCUGCUGGCCGCUGACCUAGUGAGUGCAUUCUCUUCAUUCCACGUCCUGUAGGAGGUUGAAAAGUUCCCCCUUCCCAGAGCAGAGCACACGCCCUGUCUUUCUCCAGCUCUCUGUUACGACCGUCUGAUGAGACAUUGAUCGCUUGAUGAUCCACUAUAUAGAUGACAUGUGAAUUGCACAGAGUUGGGGGGGGCAGAAAGUACUCUGGAUGCCCCAGGAAGACACAUGUGAGCCAGAGAGAAGACAAAUUCACGGCUGUGCCACGUCAGGGAGGUUUUUAGGGUUCAACAAUUGGCCAGGUAUUGGACAAACUAGGGUCCUUGGGCCAAAUCUGGCCUGUUGCUAUGUGUCACUGAGUCAGUUUCUACUCAUAGCGACCCUAUAUGCAGAGUAGAUCUGACCCAAAGGGCUUCCUAGGCUGAAAUCUAUGGGAGCAAAUUGCCAGGUCGUUUCUCCCGUGGAGUGGCUGAUGGGUUUCAACUGCCAACCUUUUGGUUAGUAGCUGAGCACUUAACCAUUGCGCUACCAAAACCAAAAACCGAACUCAUUGCCCUUGAGUCGAUUCCAACUCAUAGCGACCUGUAGGACAGAGCAGAACCGCCCCGUAGGGUUUCCAAGGCUGUAAUCUUUAUGGAGGCAGACUGCCACUUCUUUCUCCUGAGGAGUGGCUGGUGGGUUCAAACCGCCAACAUUUCAGUUCACCACUGAGCACUUAACCACUGCGACACCAGGGUCCUCAAGUCUGGCCUGUUACCUCUUUUUGUAAGUAAAGUUUUGUUGGCACACAGCAUUUAUUCAUUCAUGUAUUGCCUACGGCUGCUUUUGUGCUACAAUGGCAGAGAACUGAACAGCUGCAUCAGAGACCUCACGGGCAGCAAAGUAUAAAACAUUUACUAUCUGACCCUUUACAGAAAAUGUUUGCUAGCUCUGGCCUUGGGCAUAACUGGGAUGGUUCCUCCAACGUAAAGGUCAAGAUCCUGCAUCUUACAGCUUUUAUCAGUAAGAAAAAGGCAUAAUUCUUUGGAGGACUUCUAAAUUUGGGAGGAAGCUUAUUUUACUUUUGAAAUAUAUAUAUAUCUCAAACUUUUGCUGCCAUGGUAAUCCCAUAUGUUACAGGGUAGAACUACUCCAUAAGGUUUUCUUGGCUGUAAUCCAUAUGGAAGUAAAUUGCCAGGCCUUUCUUCUGAGGUGCUGCAGGGUGAGUUUGAACUGCCAACCUUUAGGUUAGGAAAAAAAAGCCAAGAGUAAUCCAUUUGUGCCACCCAGGGACCUUUUGAAAAUGAUAAUUGUGACCAUCAGGUGACCCAUAGGGCUGCUGUUCCCGAGUGGGGCCCAGAGCAAGAGAGGGCUCCGCCGAAGACACAGGCAGUGCUGCCAGCUGCCCUGCCGUCUGCUUCAAGUGGUAAAGCAGACGCCUUCAUAGGCCGUAUCUCUGCGAGUAAAUGUCUAACGAAUCUCAAUAGCCACAGCCCAGACCCCUAGUAUUCUGAAUCAAGGCUGUGUCUUCUGCAGCACAGAGCUAUUUAACACUCAGAAAACAACUCCUGGAAUGUGACUGACCUCAGGGGAGGUCUGGUGCCCACACUGCAUCAAGCCAUGACGGUCUCUCCAUUUUGUUUCUAGUUAUUAUGUAAAGUUUCUUGCAUAUAUAUCAUUAGAUUUAUUCCUAGGUACCUGAUUUCCUGGUAUUUUAAGGGUUGUCUUUUAUUUCAUUCGCUGAUAGUUUGUUGCUGGAAAGAGAAACACAAUGGAUUUUUUUUACGUGGACCUUUGUGACCUUGCUAAAUUCACUUAUUUAGUCUCAUAAUUUAAAUGUAGAUUCCAUGGGUUUUCUACAUACAAAAACAUGUUAUUUGCAAGUAAUGACGGUUUUAUUAAUUUCUUUCUAAUCCUGAUGUACUUAAUUUCUUUUCUUGCCUCAUUGCCUGCUCCUGUUCUUUGUUGGCUGCUGUCCAUUUGUACUCAUUGCAACCCCACGUGUGCAGAACAGAACUGCUCCAUAAGAUAGUUUUUUCAAGACUGUCACCUUUCUGGAGCAGACUGCCAGGCCUGUGUUCCGAGGUGCCCCGGGGUAGGUUUGAACCGCCAACCUUUCGGCUAGUAGUGUGGGACGUGUAACCCUUUGAGCCACCAGGGUGCAAGUUUAUGUUUUAUUAGUAAAUGUGAUGCUGAACAAAGUUGGGGAAGGAGGACAUCCUUGUCUUAUUCUUUGACAUUACAUUAGAAAAAUUAGAUAAAAUGAAAAAAAUCCUAGAAAAUAAAAUUUACCAAAGCUGACACGAGAAGAAUUAGAAGCUCUGAUAACUCUAAUUUCUUUUAGCUAAUUUAAUUGAAUCUGUAAUUAAAAUUCAAUUUAUUUCAAUUAUUCUUUCAACAAAGAAGGUUCCAGGCCCUAACAGUUUCAUUGUUGACUUCUUGCAAAUAUUUAAAGAGCAAAUAAUACCAAUCUUAUACAAACCCUUCCAGAGAACAGAAAAAAAGGGAAUAUUUCUAUCUUGUUUUUUUUUUUUUAAGCCAGCAAAACCUUGAUAUCAAAACCUGAGAAGGACACUACAAAAAAAGAACACACCCCAGGGAAACUCCCUUUACCUUGGAUCAGGGAGGUGACCCGAGUAAACGAGUAAACGCGGUGUUACAAGCCCACCCUAAUCCUUUUAACAUAAAAUUACAAUCACAAAAUGGAGGACAACCACACAAUACCGGGAAUCAUGGCCUGACCAAGUUGAUAUACAUAUUUUUGGGGGGACAUAAUUCAGUCCAUGACAACGACCAUCAUCACCAUUAUCUGCUCCAAGUUUUCCCAUCACCCUUAGAGAAGCUCGGUGUCCCCUAGGCAAUGAGUUCCCCAAUCUUCCUCCCUCCCACCCGCUCCUGAUAACCACUAACGAGCUUGGUCUGUACACACUUGUCCUUCCUAAAUAUUUCAUGUAAGUGGUCCUUUUGUGACUGACUGAAUUCAUUCAGCAUGAUAUUGUUAAGAUUCAUCCGUGCUGUGGCCUUAUUCAUCAUGUGUCUGUACCCUCUUUUGUUGAUUGUGAUAAAAUAUAUAUCACAAAAGUUUGCGGUUUAACCCAGUCUUAAUUGUACAAUUCAGUGGCAUUAAUCCCAUUCACCAUGCUGUGCCAAUGUCACCACUAUCUAUUGCAACAUUUUUUUAUCACCCCUGUGAGGGUAAUAAUCAACCUCCAUGUUUACUUCUCUGUUCAGUUCUGACACCUGCUACCCAAGCAGCGAGUCUUUUCCUGACACUAGCUUUCUAGAGAGAGGUCAGAUCUCACAAGUCAACAGACACAAUUCUCCAGACUGUAAAGCAGGCCUAAGUUCAGGUGCCAGCCACAAGCUUGGGAGUCCACAUGACACUCUUACUACUGACCUGCUGGCUACAAAUUCAGGCUUUUCCCACUAUACCUUCAGGAUGCCAGCUGCAGCUCGGGGCUUUCCUGGGCCCCCUCACUUCUGAACUGCUAGCUAUAAAUCUGGGGCCUCCUUCCACCACCUUAGGGAUACCAACCAUAAGUUCAGGGGUUUCCAGACCCACCCCCCUCAGUUAUGACCUGCUGGCUCCCAUUACUCCGUCAGGUUCAAUAAUUCACUGGAACUACUCAUAGAACUCAUGGAAAGUGCCAUACUUAUGAUUACAGUUCAGUGUACGAAAAAAGGACACAAAUGAGGAAACUCAUAGGGCAAGGUCUCGGAGGGUUCCCAACAGAGCUUCCAUGUCCCAAAAAGGGACACACUCCCCUCCCACAUGCAUCAAUGUCUUCCACCAACCAAGAAGCCCAUGGAGUUUCUGUGUCCACAACAUUUAUUGGGGGUCUCGUUACACAAUGAGAACUCUAGCCUCUCUCCCUGAGGUUGGUCGGCAUCAAGAGGUGAUCACACAGUAUUAAAUGGUGGGUCUUUCUGGCCUGGCCAGCUCCCAGCCCAGAGUCACUUCAUUACCUCACCUAACCUUACCUGUGUUCUGGAGUCCUUGUAAAGGACACAAAAAUUCCAAGUUUUUUUUUUUUGUUUUUUAGAGAUUAUCUCUCAGGAACUGAAGGCAAAGACCAAAUUCUUUGGAUAAAGUUAAUGUAAACCCCACAACUCAAAUAAAAUCCUGAUAUUCCUUAAGCAAUAACUAUUCCCGCCCCCCUCCCCACACACCUUACCCCCCAAUAACAACUGAUAAACUUUUAUUUCUACGCAUUUUCUGUUCCAGAUAAUUUUUUUAUUGUGACAAAUAAAUAAUCUCUCUCUCUCUCUCUACCUACCUACCUGUCUAUACACACACCAUAUUUUUACACAAAUAACGGGUGUCUUCUAUAUUUGUUUGCCAACCGCUCCCUGCCCCAGUGAGGGAGCUGUAAAAAAAAUUAGCAUAGUGCACUUAUGAAAAUACCUCACGAGGGCAGCGGGAGGGAGCAGUUGGCAAACAAAUGUAGAAGGCACAUACUGUUUGUGUAAAAAUGUGGUAAACCCAUUGUUGUAAAGUCAGUUUUGUCUUACAGCAACCCUGCAGGACAGAGUAGAACUGCCACAUAGGGUUUCCAAGGCUGUAAAUCUUCACAGAAGCAGACUAUCAUAUCUUUCUCCUGUGGAGGGGCUGGUGGGUUUGAACCACCGACCUUUAGAUUAGAAGUGUAGUGCUUUAAACGUUGCACCACCAGGGUUCCUUAUCUGUAGACAGAUAUAGUAAAACCUGCAACCCUGGAAGCUGUAAGGCGGAAAACUGUCAAAGAAGAAAAACUCAAAUAUUUUCACUAAUAAUUAUUGUUUGUAGGUGCCGUUGAGUUGGUUCCAACUCAUAGUGACCCUGUGUACAACAGAAGGAAACACUGCCGUAUCCUGCCCCAUCCUCAUAAUCGUUAUGCUUGAGCCCAUUGUUGCAGCCACUCUGUCAAUCCAUCUCAUUGAAGGUUUUCUUCUUUUUAGCUGACCCUCUACCAAGCAUGAUGUCCUUCUCCAGGGACUGGUCCCUCCUGAUAAUAUGUCCAAAGUAUGUGAGAUGAAGUCUCGCCAUCCUUGCUUCUAACGAGCAUUGUGGCCGUACUCCUUCCAAGACAAACUUGCUCAUUCUUCUGGCAGUCUAUGGUAUAUUCAAUAUUCUUUGCCAGCACCACAGUUCAAAUGCAUCAGUUCUUCAGUCUUCCUUGGGUCCAGCUUUCCCAUGCAUGUAAGGGGAUUGAAAACACCAUGGCUUGGGUCAGGCGUGCUGUCUUAGCUCCCGGUGCAGCUUUCUUGGUGGUAUGAGGUCCCCAGCUCUCUGCUUGCAUCUCUUUCCUUUUAUCUCUUGAGAGAGAAAAGGUGGUGCAGGCCACACCACAGGGAAACUCCCUUUACCUUGGAUCAGGGAGGUGACCUGAGUGAGGGUAGUAUUAUAAUCCCACCCUAAUUCUCUCAACAUAAAAUUGCAAUUACAAAAUGGAGGACAACCACACAAUACUGGGAAUCAUGGCCUAACCAAGUUGACACAUAUUUUUGGGGGGACACAAUUCAAUCCAUGACACAUACCUUAGAACUUAAAGUGACAUCUUUUCUUUUUAACACUUUAAAGAGUUCUUUUGCAGCAGAUUUGCCCAGUGCAAUACGUCAUUUGAUUUCCUGACUGCUGCUUCCAUGGGCGUUGAUUGCAGAUCCAAGUAAAACGAAAUCCUCAACAACUUCAAUUUUUUCACCAUUUAUCAUAAUGUUGUUUAUUGGUCCAGUUGUGAGGAUUUUUGUUUUCUUUAUGUUGAGGUGUAAUCCAUACUGAAGGCUGUGGUCUUUGAUCUUCAUCAGUAAGUGCUUCAAGUCCUCUUCACUUUCAGCAAGCAAGGUUGUGUCAUCUACACAUUGCAGGCUGUUAAUGAGUCUUCCUCCAAUCCUGAUGCCCUGUAGUUCUUCAUAUAGUUCAGCUUCUUGGAUUAUUUGCUCAGCAUACAGACUGAAUAGGUAUGGUGAAAGGAUACAACCCUGAUGCACACCUUUCCUGACUUUAAACCACGCAGUAUCCCCUUGUCCUGUCCGAACAACUGCUUCUUGAUCUAUAUACAGGUUCCUCAUGAGCACAAUUAAGUGUUCUGGAAUUCCCAUUCUUCUCAAGGUUAUCCAUAAUUUGUUAUGAUUCACACAGUCAAAUGCCUUUGCACAGUCAAUAAAACACAGGUAAACAUCUUUCUGGUAUUCUCUGCUUUCGGUCAGGAUCCAUCUGACAUCAGCAAUGAUAUCCCUGGUUCCACGUCCUCUUCUUAAUCUGGUCUGAGUUUCCAGCAGUUCCCUGUCGAUGUACUGCUGCAACCGCUUUUGAAUAAUCUUCAGCAGAAUUUUACUUAUGUGUGAUUUUAACAAUAUUGUUUGAUAAUUUCCGUAUUCUGAUGGAUCACCUUUCUUUGGAAUUGGUACAAAUAUGGAAAUCUUCCAGUCAGCUGGCCAGGUAGCUGUCUUCCAAACUUCUUGGCACAGAUAAGUGAACGUUGUCAGCGCUGCAUCCAUUUGUUGAAACAUCUCAAUUGGUAUUCCAUCAAUUCUUGAAGCCUUGUUUCUCACCAGUGCCUUCAGCGCAGCUUGGACCUCUUCCUUCAGUACCAUUGGUUCCUGGUCAUAUGCUACCUUCUGAAAUGGCUGAAUGUCAACCAAUUCUUUUUGAUGCAAUGACUCGUGUAUUCCUUCCAUCUUCUUUUGAUGCUUCUGGCAUCGUUUAAUAUUUUCCCCAUAGAAUUCUUCAGUAUUGCAACUUGAGGCUUGAAAUUUUUCUUCAUUUUUGUCAGCUUUAGAAAUGCUGAGCAUGUUCUUCUCUUUUGGUUUUCUAUCUCCAGAUCUUUGCACAUUUCAUUAUAAUACUUUACUUUGUCUUCUAGAACCACCCUUUGAAAUCUUCUGUUCAGCUCUUUUACUUCAUCGUUUCUUCCUUUCACUUUAGCUACUCUAUGUUCAACAGCAAGUUUUAGAAUCUCUUCUGACAUCCAUUUUGGUCUUUUCUUUUUUUCUGCUUUUUUAACGACCCCUUGCUUUCCUCAUGUAUGAUGUCCUUGAUGUCACUGCAUAACUCGUCUGCCCUUUGGUCAUUAGUAUUCAAUGCAGCAAAUCUGCUCUUGAGAUGGUCUCUAAAUUCAGGUGGGUUAUACUCAAGGUCAUACUUUGGCCCUCAUGGACUUGUUUGAAUUUUCUCCAGGUUCAACUUGAACAUGCGUAUCAGCAACUGAUGGUUUGUUCCACAGCUGGCCUCUCUCUGGCCUUGUCCUGAGUGAUGAUAUUGAGCUUUUCCAUCGACUCCUUCCAUGGAUGUAGUGGAUUUGAUUCCUGUGUAUUCCAUCUGGUGAGGUCCACAUGUAUAAUCACCAUUUUUGUUGUUGAAAAAAGGUUAUUUGCAAUGAAGAAGUCGUUGGUCUUGCAAAAUUCUAUCGUGCGAUCUCUGGCAUCAUGUCUAUCACCGAGGCCAUAUUUUCCAACUACCAAUCCUUCUUCUUUGUUUCCAACUUUUGUAUUUCAAUCACCAGUAAUUACCACUGCAUCCUGAUUGCAUGUCUGAUCAAUUUCAGACUACAGAAGUUGGUAAAAGUCUUCAAUUUCUUCAUCUUUGGCCUUAGUGGUUGGUAUGUAAAUUUGAAUAAUGGAUUGACUGGUCUUCCUUGUAGGUGUAUGGAUAUUAUCCUAUCGCUGACAGCAUUGUACUUCAGGAUACAUCUUGAAAUGUUCUUUUUGACAAUGAAUGUGGUGCCAUUUGUCUUCAAUUUGUCAUUUCCAGCAUAGUAGACCAUAUGAUUGUCUGAUUCAAAAUGGCCAAUACUAGUCCCUUUUAGCUCACUAAUGCCUAGGAUAUUGAUGUUUAUGCAUUCCACUUAAUUUUUGAUGACUUCCAAUUUUCCUAGAUUCAUACUUUGUACAUUUCAUGUUCUGAUUAUCAAUGGAUAUUUGCAGCUAUUUCUUCUCAUUUUGAGUCAUGCCACAUAAGCAAAUGAAGAUCCCGAAAGCUUGACUCCCUCCAUCCAUAUCAUUAACGUUGACUUUACUUUGAGGAGGCGGCUCUUCCCCAGUUGUACUUUGAAUGCCUUCCAACCUGAGGGCUCAUCUUCCAGCACUAUAUCAGACAAUGUUCUGCUGCUAUCCAUAAGGUUUUCACUAGUCAGUUUUUUCAGAAAUAGACUCCCAAGUCCUUCUUCCUAGUCUGUCUUAGUCUGGAAGCUCAGCUGAAACCUGUGCACCAAGGAUGACUUUGUUCGUAUUUGAAAUACCAGUGGCAAAGCUUCAGGUAUCACAGCAACAUGCAAGCCACUAUAGUAUGACAAACUGACAGACACUAAUAAAGAGUGAUAGAAAAGUGGUAAGUUGCACCCUCUCAAAGGCAGAAAACUUGCAAGAUCCAGAAAAACAAGCAGUCCUGUUGAGUUCUGGCUCUCAUUGGUUUCACCGUAUGUGUGUGUGUGUAUAUAUAUAUAUAUUUAUAUAUAUACAUAUAAAACACUUGCCAUUCUGAUAUUUUUACAUGUACAAUUCAGUGACAUUAAUUACAUUCAUCAUGUUGUGAAACCAUCACCAGUAUCUGUUUUCAAAUUUUCCAACACUGUAAACAGAAGCUGAACAACAAAACAACAACCCAUUGCCGUUGAGUCAAUUCCGACUCAUAGUGACCCUAUAGGACAGAGUAGAACUGCCUCAUAGGAUUUCCAAGGAGCAGCUGGUGGAUUCAAACUGCUGAUCUUUUCGUUAGCAGCUGAGCUCUUAAUCUCUAUGCCACCAGGGCUCCCACAGAAGCUCAGCACCACCUAAACAAAGAUUCCCUCUUUCCCCCUCACUCCCACCCAUGAUACCCACUAAUAAACUUUAGUCUCUGUACAUUUUCCUACUGUAGAUAUUUCAUAUAUGUGGGAUCAUAUUUGUCCUUUUGUGUCUGGCUUAUUUCACUCAGCAUAAUGUUUUCAAGGUUAAUCCACGUGCUGGGGUAUAUCAGAACUUCAUUUAUUUCUCUUCAUGGCUGAAUGAUAGUCUAUUGUAUGUAUAAACCACACUUUGUUCAUCCGUUCAUCUGCUGACGGACACGGGUUUUUCCACCUUUUGGCUACUGUGCAUGAUGCUGCAGUGAACAUAUGUCUGCUUGAGUCACUGCUUUCAAUUCUUUUGGAUUUGUACCUAGGAAUGGAUUUGCUAGGUCACAUGGUAAUUGUGGAGCCCUCGUGGGCAGUGGUUAAGAGCUUGGCUGCUAACCAAAAGGUUGGCAGUUGAAACCCACCAGCUGCUCCUUGGAAACCCUAUAGGGCAGUUCUACCCUGUCCUAUAGGGUUGCUAUGAGUCGGAAUCGACUCGAUGGCAACAGGUUUGGUUUGGUAUGGUAAUUGUGUUUUAACUUUUUUGAGGAAUCUCCAAAUUGUUUUACACAGCAUCUGUACCAUUUUACAUUCUCACCAGCAAUGUGUAAGUAUUCUAGUUUUCUACAUCCUCUCCAACACUUGUUAUUUUCCACUUAAAAAAAAAAAAAUAGCCAUCCCAGUGGGUGUGAAGUAGUUCUUCAUUGUGGUUUUGAUAUACAUUUCCUUUAUGAGUAACGAUAUUGAGCAUCUUUUCAGGUGCUUGUUGCCCAUUUGUAUAUAUUCUUAAGAGAAAUCUUUAAGUCCUUUGAAUUGGGUUGUUGGUCUUUUUUGUGGUUAAGUUUUAAAAGUUCUUUAUAUAUUCCGGAUAUUAAACCUUUAUCUGAUAUAUGGUUUCUAAAUUAUUUUUCUCCUGUUACAUAGGUUUUUUCACUUUCUUGAUUAUACCCCUGAUACACCAAGGUUUUUAACUUUGAUGAAAUCCAGAUUAUCUAUUUUUCUCUUGUUGCUUGUGCUUUUGGUGUUAUGUCUUGUAAAAAUGGCAUGACAGCAUCAGACCUCCUCUAACUUCGUGAGGGGUGGGGAGAGAACCAGGAUUAGCAGCAUCAGCCCCAGACUGAUUUCUGCGAGGCGGAGUCAGACAUACCUCCUCUCUCCAACUUUCUUGCCAGUUCUGACACCAGUUGUCCCUCCCGGGGCACUCUUUAUUUCUCUGCUGGGUUCGAUGAUUCAUUGCAAUGGUCACACAGAACUCAAAGACCAUAGUCAUAGUUAUGGGGUCUGUUAGGGGAGUAACAAGUUGCAAUUCAGGAUCAGGAAUGACUCAGGAUACAGUUUUUCUGUCAGGACAACUUCUUUGCCGUGCCUAUUGGCAGACUUCUUACUUGGCUCUUAGCUCUCAGGUCCUUGACCCCCAGGUCUGGCCUCUGCCCUACUUGGGCCAGUGUUACAAAGCUCUUUAGCCCAGCGGACAAGUGCCCGCAGGCAUCCCACUCUGCCAGGAAACCUCCUGCCUGCAGGUGCUCUGUUCUCUGGAUCCGUGUGUCUGCACGCCCACUGUGGCCCAUUGGUUUAUGUACCAUCUGUGGCUGCUUUUGUGCUACCAGGGCAGUGUUGAAUAGUUAGGACACAAAAUACAUGGCCCACAAUGCUGAAAAUAUUUACUAUUUGGUCCUUUACAGAAAAAGUUUGCUGACCACCUCCAGUCUCAAACAAGUAUAUACAUUCAAACUACACCUUCUGAUUGAAGGUUGUAACAACAACCAUAACUCUGAUUUUAAUACCCUAAAUAUAUAUGAAAAUCCAUACCUCUGAUUAUCUAAUCGGUUUAAGUCUUGCCUAUGAGAUUUCUUCAUAAAAACCUGUAGUCCCUGUAUUUUUUUUUUUUUUAAACUACAAGGCUUCCUAGGCAAAUCUAUGCCAGUAAUUUAAAUGUUCCUGUUAUAAACUGAAUUGCGUCCUCCCAAAAUACAUGUUGGAAUCCUAACCCCUAUACAUGUGGCUGUAAUCCUAUUUGAAAAUAGGGUUUUCUUUGUUAUGUUAAUAAGGUCCUAUCAGUGUAGGGUGUGUCCUAAACCUAAUCACUUCUGAGUGAUACAAGGAGCAGCCUAGACACAGAGACAAGCAAGGACACAGGGGAAGACAGAUGCCUCAUGAAGAUAUCCAAAGAACUGAGGAAGAUAAGCUGAGACAAAGAUCCUUCCCCAGACUGACACAGAGAGCCUUCCCCUAAAGCCUGUAAAAAAAAAAAAAAUCAAACCCGUUGCCUUCAAGUCAAUUUGGACUCAUAGCAA